ACCAUAGCCGACGAAAGUAGGGGCAUUUCAGUCUCUGGUGCGUCUCAGUCUCAGCGACCACAGUCUGCGUUCACCUCUACCUAUUUCAGGGCAACAAUGGCGGACCAAAACGCAGCAGCUCCAGAGGCUUCGGCGGGACCCAGGAAGACGCCGCACAGCCUGAUAAAGGAGGAGCAGGUGCGGGCGGCGCUGCGGGCGGACAAGGGCCCCGACGCCAGCCUCACGUCCUGGGGUGUCAAGGACUUCACGAAGAAGGGGGACAACUAUGCCUGCACCGUCACCAGCAUCGAGGCGCGGUACAGCCUGUCUGGCGCGGAGGAGGAGGUGACAUACAUCGCCAAACUGAACCCUUGUCGCCAGAUGGGUUCUCUUAACAGCUUCACCAACGUGGUCUUCGAGAAGGAGUCUGGGUUUUAUAAGGAAAUCGCGCCGUUGCUCGAUGCAGAGCUGAAGUCCAUAGGUCAAAAGCCCCUGAAAUUCGCCAGGUGUUUCGCUCUCUCCUCCGAAAGGGACAGCGAAGUGAUCAUUCUCGAAGACCUGCGACCUGGAGGCUUCAAAAUGUUCGACCGCAGGAAGGGCAUGGACAGAGCUCACGUAACCUUGGUCGUCAAAGAGCUCGGGAGGCUUCACGCUGCUUCGAAGCUAUUGAUGGACAAAUUGCCUUACAAGCUGGAGGAGAAGUUUCCUUUCAUCGAGAAAGAUUUUACAUCAUUCAAUGAAAAUAAGUUCCAAGAUAUAUUCCAGUGGUACUGUACCAACGCGGCAGAGAUGGCAGAGAGAAUCGGUGGCUACGAGAAUGUGGCGGCGUGGCUGCGAGACGCUGCGCCCAACUGCAUUAAUAUGUUCGAGGAGCAGACGAAAAGCAACCCUCCGUUUGAGGUCAUAUGUCACGGGGACGCUUGGAACAACAAUGUCCUGUUCAGAUACGACGACGAGGGCGUUCCGACAGACGUGAGGCUCGUGGACCUCCAGAUCUGCCGCAAGGCCUCUCCAGCAACGGACCUCAACUACCUCAUGUACACGAGUCUGAAUGGGGACGACCGCAGAGAAAACCUAGACUACAUUCUCAACGCCUACUACAGCUCCUUCAGCCAGGUCCUGUGCGAUGGCAAGGAGCACCCGCCGUACACAGCCGAGGAACUGAAGCGAGAGUACCGGGCCAAGCACCUCUUCGGCCUCCUGAUGGCCAUCAUGGUCGUGCCCAUAGUGGUGAGCGAGGCAUCUGAAGUCAUGGACCUGGAUAACGUGAAAACCGACGACGUGGAGGAGUUCAUGAAGGAACAGCGCGAGAGGAUGCUCAAGCAGCUCGAUAGUAACCCUCUCCUGAGGCCGCGGCUGCUCAGUGUCUUCGACGAGAUGGUCGAGUACGGAGUCAUUGUCUGAUUCUGGCGUGAAAGGAAGGUGCUUUUGCAUGCCAGAAACUGAGGCUGCUUUUAGGUGUUAAUCGGGGGGUUAAGUGUUGAUGACGAAAAC